AUGCGGUUAAAGGAUCUGCCCUUCUCAAGAGUAACCUGCACCACCUUUAAUUGCUAAGUAAAAUGGAGAAGGAGUUUGUAUCUUUAUUAUGGCUCUUGCCUGCUAUAUAUAUUUAUUUUGAAGCAGUGACGUGAUAUUAAUGUCGGGGAAUGGCAGUGCCAUCCUCUUCUCCUCCCUAUUGCGUUGUUGCCGCUCGCUCGAAGUCCUCAAAUCCGUGCACGCCACCAUGAUCAAGAGCAACGCCCAUCAAGAUUCUUUCUUCGUCAACCAAUUCGUCAGCCAGUGUUCUCGUAUCCGCCAGGUGGGUUACGCCCUCCAAGUCUCCGCCCAAAUGGCUGAGCCAAACGUAUUCGUCUACAACGCUGUUUUCGGCGGCCUCGUUCAGGAGUUUGCGUCCCGCGAAUGCGUGGAGUUGUACGUUGGCAUGUUGAGAUCCAAUGUGUUGCCUGAUGGGUAUACUUUCUCCUACUUGGUCAAGGCGUGUGCUCAAUUGUCGGCUGUGGAGCUUGGAGCAGCAGUUCAUGCGCAGAUCGAGAAGUUGGGAUUCGGAAGGCAGAUCUUAGUCCGAACUGUGCUGACGGAUUUCUACUCCAGCAUUGGCUGGAUUGGGGAAGCAAGAAAAUUGUUUGAUGAAAUGUCUGACAGAGAUGUUGUUUCAUGGACGGCAAUGAUUCAUAGCCAUUCUUGCGUUGGGGAUAUGAUCUCAGCUAGGAGGCUCUUUGACGAAAUGCCUGAGAGAUCCGUUGUAUCGUGGAAUACCAUGAUUGCGGGAUAUGGAAGGUCUGGGGAUGUGGAAACUGCCAAUUCGCUAUUCAAUGAAAUGCCUGAGAAGAACUUGGUCUCUUGGACCACAAUGAUCUCUUGUUAUUCCCAGAACAAGCGGUACAAAGAGGCGAUCGAGUGCUUUGAAAGAAUGAAGGCUGCAGGUGUCAGCCCUGAUCAAGUGACUAUGACCACCGCUAUAUCCGCCUGUGCUCAUCUUGGGGCUCUUAAUGUGGGAAGAGAAUUGCAUCUGUAUUCUAUGUCCAACAAGUUGAAUUUCAGUGUUCAUUUGGGCUCUGCAUUAGUUGAUAUGUAUGCAAAGUGCGGGUGUUUAGAGAAAGCACUGAUUACUUUUUACAAGUUGGAAGAGAAGAACACGUUUUGUUGGAAUUGCAUCAUUGAAGGGCUCGCAAUUCAUGGCUAUGGCAGUGAUGCAAUAACUAUGUUCCGCAAGAUGAAUGAGGAAGGCAAAGCAAGGCCAAAUUUUGUCACUUUUGUCAGUGUCCUAAGUGCAUGUAAUCAUUCAGGGAUGAUUGAAGAGGGACGAAGGUUGUUCUCGAGCAUGAUAAAGGACUACUCAAUAUGUCCAGCGAUGGAACACUAUGGCUGCAUGGUGGAUCUUCUUAGUCGCGGUGGCCAUUUGGAAGAAGCAUUGAAUUUGAUGUCGACUAUGCCAAUGAAGCCCAAUGCAGUAAUGUGGCUGGCUUUAUUAUCUGGGUGUAGAAUCCACCGGAACAUGGAGCUCACUGAGAUUUCUGCCGAGAAACUACUUAGCCUAGAACCAAAUAACAGCUCACACUAUAUGCUUCUGAUCAACAUUUACACUGAAGGCAAAGCGUGGGAGAAAGUUGAGAGGGUGAGGGAAAUGAUGAAGGAGAAGGAAGUGCAGAAGAGGACUCCUGGAUGUAGCUGGAUUGAUAUCAAUGGGGUAGUUCGAGAAUUUGCUGCUGGCCAUAUGUUCCAGCUCUCAUCAGAGAUGUACUUUUUGCUGCUUCGCUUGGAUAGGCAACUGAAACUUGUUGGAUUUUCACCAGAAUAGAUGCAAAGAUGCAUGUUGUGUUUUGAUUCAUCUCCUAGUGGAAAACUAAUUUGCUCAAUUGAGGUUUAUGGGAAAGCAAGCUUGGCAUCCUCAUUUUUGUGUUCUUUAGCAAUAGCUACAAGUAGCCGCAGACUCCAGAUACAUAUGGCAUCUUCCAGCUUAAGCAUCGCGAUCUUCCACUAGACUCUAGAUACAAAAUAAGAUUGGGAGGCAUCGCCAUGUUUUCAUGCAAUUCAAUUGAAAGAAGAGCUAAAUUGAUUUGUCAACCCCUUGAUAAAGUUCAAGCUCAUCGGAAGAGGUGCAAUGGAUAUAUGACAAAUAGAGAAGCUUAACAGGCAUUGAAAGAAAAGAAAGUCUAACGGGAGUCGACAGAUGGAGAAAGUUUAAGUUCGGAUACUUAGUGGCAGAUGAGAAGUCCCAGAGUUAUGAUUCAUAUUCAACAAAAAAAGACCCAGAGGUAAA